AUGGCCGCGUCCGAGGACGAGAGCAGCUGCCUCGUGUCGCGGGGCCGCUCUCAGAGUGACCCCAGCGUCCUCACCGACUCCUCGGCCACCUCCUCCGCGGACGCCGGGGAGAACCCAGAUGAGAUGGACCAAACCCCCCCAGUGCGCUCCGAAUAUCUGGUCUCAGGGAUUCGAACUCCCCCCGUGAGGAGGAACAGCAAGCUGGCCACCCUGGGCAGAAUCUUCAAACCCUGGAAAUGGAGGAAAAAGAAAAAUGAAAAACUGAAGCAGACCACGUCAGCCUUGGAGAAGAAGAUGGCCGGCAGGCAGGGCCGGGAGGACCUCAUCAAGAAGGGGCUGCUGGAGAUGAUGGAGCAAGAUGCUGAGAACAAAGCAUGCAGUCCCGACGGAGAGCCCCGUGCCGCACAGAGCGAACCCUCCACACCCCAGCAGGAGCCGCUGCCUUCAGAGGAAGCCGCGCCGGGAAGCCCUUUGGCCACAGGGACAGACCAGGCCUCCCUGGAUGAGCCGCUGGCCUCGGAUAACCAGGCAGACGAUGCAGCCAAGGUGUCGUCAGCAUCCAGAGAGGAAGAAUCAGACGCCGCCAGCAGCCUCCCACCUAGCACAGAUGAGCCCUCUCAAGCCUUAGCUGGGUCCGACUCCCUGGACAGUCCUCCCAGACCCCUGGAGAGAUCCGUGGGCCAGCUCCCCAGCCCCCCGCUGCUGCCCACCCCGCCACCCAAGGCAGGCUCCAGAACCACAAGAAGUGUCACAGGCCAGGCCACACUCUUCCAAGGCUCUGGCGGGAAAAGUACUGACCCUUCCCUCCGAGGACAGCUUUCCACGCCCACGGGGUCUCCGCAUCUCACCACCGUCCACCGGCCUCUGCCCCCCAGCCGCGUCAUUGAGGAGCUGCACAGGGCACUGGCCACCAAGCACCGCCAGGACAGUUUCCAAGGCAGGGACAGUAAGGGGUCCCCGAAGAGGCGCGUGGACGUCCGGCUGUCGAGGACCUGCAGCGUGGAGCGGGGCAAGGAGCGGGAGGAGGCCUGGAGCUUCGACGGGGCCUCUGACGGUAAGCGGACGGCGGCCAAGGAGUCCGAGGAGAACAAGGAGAACCUGAUCCUGAAUGCAGAACUCAAGGACGACCUGCUCUUGUAUCAGGAUGAAGAAGCCCUAAAUGACUCCGUCAUCUCUGGGACCCUGCCAAGGAAAUGCAAGAAGGAGCUCCUGGCGGUGAAGCUGAGGAACCGGCCCAGCAGGCAGGAGCUGGAGGACCGAAACAUCUUCCCCCAGAGGACGGAUGAGGAGCGGCAGGAGAUCCGGCAGCAGAUCGAAAUGAAGCUCUCCAAACGACUGAGCCAAAGACCCGCGGUGGAGGAACUGGAGAGAAGAAACAUCUUGAAACAAAGGAAUGAUCAGACAGAGCAAGAAGAAAGAAGAGAAAUCAAGCAAAGGCUGACAAGAAAGCUUAAUCAGAGACCCACAGUUGAUGAACUGAGAGACAGAAAAAUUCUGAUACGAUUCAGUGAUUAUGUGGAGGUGGCGAAAGCACAGGACUAUGACAGACGGGCAGACAAACCCUGGACGAGACUGUCGGCAGCAGAUAAGGCAGCAAUUCGUAAAGAACUGAAUGAAUACAAAAGUAAUGAAAUGGAGGUACAUGCAUCAAGCAAGCAUCUGACAAGAUUCCACAGGCCAUAG